ACUCUUGUAUCGCAUUGAAACAAUAUUAUUAAUAUAUUUAUAUUUUUAUCUAUUAUAUAGCUUAUAUAUAUUCGUGUAUGACGUUGUUCCUUAUAAUGCCAUUUUUUCCAUUCUUUAUGGAUAUAAUCAUACCUUUGAACGAAUCUCGUUCUUUGAAUCCUAUAUUUAAAAGUGAAUAUUAUAUUGACGAGGAUCAACACUUCUUUUCAAUCUAUUUUCACAUGAGUAUAGUCAUCGUUACCGGAAUAACAGUGUUAAUUUCAAAUGAUGUUCUUCUUUUGCUACUCAACUCACACGUUUGUGGUUUAUUCACAGCAGUGGGAUUUCGCCUGGAACAUUUGUUAAAGGAUCAAAUUGGUCCACAAAUUUUGUUAAAUCAUCAGUCUCGAAGGAUGUGCUUUGAACACAUUGUCCGUACCAUUGAAAUACAUAAAAAGGCAUUAGAGUUAAUAGUAAUAGUGUAUAAAACAUCUACCGAAGGGUUCAGAUACAUCGCUUUUACAGCUGCACAAAUUGUUCACAUUUUUUGCAUGUGUUAUCCUGGCCAAAAAUUGAUCGAUUAUAGCACCGAUAUCCAUGUUAAAGCGUUAGUAAUACAAUCAUAAAUAAUCUUUUCUUAUUCUGUGAAUAUUUCAUUGAUUAUAUUAAUCAUUUUGUUUCAAUAUAUUAUACAGAUAUAGUGGAAAGUGGUACGAGGCACCAAUUGAAAUACAUAAAUUAGUAUUAUUGAUAAUUAGAAGAAGUUUCCAGCCUUGUUAUUUAACUGCUGGGAAAACAUUUAAUUUUUGUUUCGAAAGCUU